GAAAAGAAGGGAAAAUUGGAUAUAAGAGGAGGGAUGGUGACAAAGGUGCGGAAGGGAAUGAUGAAGAGUGGGGUGAUGGUGAAGGGAUGGAAGAUGAUGGAAAGAAGGGUGGUGACAAAGAGAAGGUUAAUGAACCGGAAAGAAUUGAUACUGUUGACCUAGAGAAUGAUGAUGGAGAAUCUUCCUGCAAAAAACUAAAGACCUCAGAUAUCUCCCCAGAUUCUUACAUGACAAGUGGAUUUAUGGACUUGGGCAAAAUACUUGCAGAAGGAAAAACCACAGAACUGUCUGAAAAACAAAAAGCAGAAAUACUGGAAGAAAAUAAACUCCCUCCGUUAUCAUUUGUAUAUCCAAGAAAGGCAUAUACUCAGAAAACUAAAUCAGGUACCAACACCCGCUACCGGGCAUGCUCCAAUAAUCUGAUGACCAAACAUCUUCCAGCAGCUGAGGAUCUGCAUUACAGUAUAGAAAAAGAUAGCAUUUUCUGCUUAGUGUGCGCUUUUUUCCCAUCAAAUUCUUCCAGGUAUAACCAGACCUUGUUCACCAAAAAAGGAUUCAAUGACUGGAAAAAUUCGGAAAAAAUAAAGCAGCACUUGGAUUCAGAUCAACACAGUAUCUCAAGCAAGGGAAAAUUUGAAUUCAUCUGCUCUCUCCAACAGGGAACUAAGAUAAGCAGAAUGUACAAAACAGCUGCAGAUGAAAACAGAAAAUUCAAUUCUGCAGCAUUGAAAGCGAGUGUGGAAGUUGUAAAGAAACUGGGUACACAAGGUCUUGCUUUUCGAGGGCACAGGGAACAUGAGGAUGGAAAUAAAGGAAAUUUUAAUUCUUUAAUUAAGCUGGUGUCCCUUUAUUCUCCUGAGGUCAGAGGAAUGCUUCUAAAACAAGCUGAAAAAAAGGGAUCAAUAACAAUGUUCUCCUGGAAAAUUCAGAAUAGCUUGAUAAAAAUAAUAGGUGAAGACUUUGUCCUAAAAUCUAUUCUGGAUGAGAUUAAAUCAGCUAAAUUCUACUCCAUCAUAGCAGAUGAAGCAACAGCUUAUAACAACCAAUAUCUUUCAAUCUGCAUUCGUUAUGUAAACGUAAAGGAUUACAGUGUACAGGAGAAAUUUCUUGACUACAUGCAAGUGGACGGGAUAGACAGUGCCACUCUGUUCAAAACAAUCACAGAAAUGCUUCAGGAGUUCAAUCUCCCUAUAGAGGAUUGCCGAGGUCAGGGAUAUGAUGGCGCAUCUAACAUGUCUGGCCAUGUGAGUGGGCUUGCUAAACGGAUACUGGAUGUCAGCCCUGAUGCAACCUUCGUACACUGCAGAUCCCAUAAUUUGUCCUUGACAAUAUUGGGUAGUGUGAAGGAUGCUAAUUUUGGAACCCUGCUAUCCACAGUGUCGGAUACAAUUAACUUCUUUCUCCAGAGCCCUAAGAGAGAGACUUUUCUAAACAAGAUGCUGAAGGAUUUGAUGCCUGAAAUUAAGAGAGAAAAGGCACUUCUCGGCCUGUGUAUGACUAGAUGGGCUCAGAGAAUUACAGCUUGGUCAAGGUUUCUCCAGGUUCUAAUUGUUAUUAUUCGCACUUUACAAACCUUCUGUGGUUUUCGGAAGUAUGAUGCAUCAUGGGCAGUACCAAAUGAUGCAAAUACGACAUCUAAAGCAGGGGUCCUGUUGAACUCUCUAAUUACUCCCAGUUUUAUUAUUGGGUUAGUUACAUUUGUGACAAUAAUGGAUCCUAUGACUAUACCAACAGAAAAGCUGCAGGGAAGAGAGGAGGAUAUCCUUUCUGCUUACAACCUUAUGUCUGAAGUUCAGCUGCAAUACAGUGACAUGUGCGAAAAUGUUGAUGUACAUUUUGGGCAAAUAUGGGAAAGGUCAUCCAACAUUAUGGAAGAAUUGGAUAUAGACAUCAAGGUAACCAGGAUAGCAGGGAGACAAACCAUGAGAGCAAAUGUGCCAUAUUCAACUGCAGAGGAGUAUUAUAAGAGAGCCUUAGCAAUACCAUUACUGGAUGCUAUACAACAGCAGCUUAAAGAAAGGUUUACAAAAUCAAGCAUAUCAGCUUCCAAGCUUCUUGGGCUUGAUCCCAAAUGUAUGGUAACAAAAACCAGCGAGGAAAUGAUUUCCUCAUUGUCAGCAGCUGUAAAUUUGUAUGCCAACGAUUUCUCAGAGUAUGAAAAAAAAAUAUUAGAAGCACAGCUACUCACCUAUCACAGCCAUUUACUGCGACAGGAAGAAGUUCCAAACUCUAUUCAAGAUGCAAUCAAAACUGAUGUAAUGAAAUUGGUUCCAUUAGUACGACGGUUAAUGCAGAUAACCCUUACCCUUCCA